AUGACGGCAUUGGAGGGACGAGAUGCGGGGGAUGAAGUUAGAGAAGGAGUCGGUAAAGCUGCAGGCGGUGCUGGUACGUACUUCACACCUUCACACUCCAGAGUCCGCCGUUUCUACGCUGUCGGUGGAGGUCCUGGUGGUUAUGAAGGUUAUGGCGGUGAGGGACCUGGUGGUCCUGGUGGUUACUUUGGCGGUGGAGGCCCUGGGUGGUAUGGAGGCUACGGCAGUGGAGGCCCUGGUGGUUAUGAAGGUUAUGGCGGUGAGGGACCUGGUGGUCCUGGUGGUUACGUUGACGGUGGAGGCCCUGGGUGGUAUGGAGGCUACGGCAAUGGAGGCCCUGGUGGUCCUGGCAGUUAUGAUGGCGGCAAUGGUGCUUGUGGUUAUGGAGGCUAUGAUGCUGAAGUCGCUAAUGCUGGUGGCGCUGGAACACCUGGUGGCAGUGGCCCAAGGACCGUAACAAACGUCAUAAGUGGUGGUUAUGGAGGCUAUGGUGCUGACGCCGGUGGUGCUGGUGGUGCUGGUGGCGCUGGAAAUCCUGGUGGUGCUGGUGGAAGUGGAGGUUCUGCUGGCGGCAGAACCGUAACAAGCGUCAUAAGUGGCGGUUAUGGAGGCUAUAGUGCUGGUGACGCUUUCGGUUAUCCUGGCGCUUUCGCUGUAGGUUACCAAUUCAGGAGGCCUAUGCCCGGCAAUCCUUGGUUUCCUCAACGCUAA